AUGGUGGGAAACGCGAAAGAGGUUUCCAUAGUGCCAUCUGCUUAUAAGAAAGAAAUGGAAAUGUCAACAUUGGAUAGACUCCGAUCCUUACAAGCUAUACAAGUCAAAAACUAUAUUGAUCCUGGAAGAAGCAAGACAGAUAAAAUUGUGCUAUCGUUCUCGCCCAGUAUAAUUAUAUUUCAAAAUUUUAAACCAAAUGAAAAAAUUGUAGCUAAAUUCUCGGUGAAGAAUAUCAGCAAGGCUCCAACGUUCCUUAAUAUGGUGUUUAAGGAAUCUUCAUACUUCUUCAUAAAACCCUGCGGAGGUCAGUUACUAUCGCGACUGGCUCCAGGGAUAAGUGUAACAUUUGCAGUCACAUUUCAGCCAGCUCAAUAUGAAGAUUACACUCACAGAGUAACCUUUUACACGGAGGAAGAUCAGUACAUAGUACCAUUAAUUGCAAUGGGACCAAGACCUAUAUUUGACUUCCCAGAUAGUAUUGUGGUACCAAAGACACCGCUCAAAAUAGAAAGUAGUAUCUUAGUAACAAUUCAUAAUAUUGGUAUCAUCCCCGGGGGAUUCAGUUUGAAUACGAAAUGUCCGUUCUCGGUUCACCCAAAAUCAGUCUAUUUGAAUCCCAAUCAGAGAGUCGACGUGAGAAUCGCGUUGAAAACAAUGCGCCUGGGCGAUGCAAAUAGUACAUUAAAUGUUAUUUUUGAAACAGGAGAAAAUUUUCAUAUCAAAUUAUCUGGAUCAACUUACACUGUAAGUGUGGAACUGGAGAAGCAAGUCGUGAGAUUCUUCGAUACAUACAAUACUUUAGUACGACAGCAGACGUUUAAGAUCACUAACAAAUCGGACCAUGAGUUAACAUACAUGUGUAUGAAAAACGACUGUGUUUAUUAUGACUUCGAAGAUAAAGUAAAAUUAGCAACUGUCUUCUAUAACCUGAAAGAUACUGAAGCUGCAAAAUGUGCCAACCUUGUGCAUUACGAUGUUUUGAGCAGCGAUGAACAUGAACGGGUUUACACGAGAAUAUUUUACGAUGAGAUUCAGGCUCUGGUUGCAGAUGAAUCCUUACAACAUCAAAAUAUGCAUUUUUCUAUAUCACCUAUUUUUGGUAAACUUUGGCCGAGGAAAGCGACUGAACUAACCAUAACAUUUUCUCCACAAGAAAUUGGGGAAUUUAGCACAAUAGCGUAUUUAGAUAUAGACGGGGUGAACGACCGCAUUCCUCUAAGAAUCGUUGGAACAUCGCUGCCGCCUUUCAUAAACUUAAAUUUAGAGACGCUGGACAUGGAUUGUGUCUAUAUUAACAAAAAAUAUGAUUAUGAAAUCGUUGCUUUGAAUAGAGGUCACAUCAAUGGCGUUGUAACAUAUAAAAACGUACCCCCUCUUUUUGGAAGCAAGAUAACAUGCACACCAGCAAUGCACUGUUUACGCCCCGGAGAGAAAGAUAUAUUUGUCGUUUCGUUUUGCAAUUCGAAUCAAGGGCCAUUUUUUGAAGAAAUUAACUUUGGUAUCCACAAUACAGAUGUUAUUUUAAAAGUCUAUUUAAAGGGUGUUGUUAUAUAUCCAUCUUUGAUGUUUAGUAUCCCGUGUUUGGAUUUCGGCAUGGUUAGUUUAGGAGUGCCAAAAACUAUGGAAUUAGAGGUAAUAAACGAGUCGAUAGUUGACGUAGAUGCAAACGUAAAGAUAUCAUCAGAUGGCCCCGAAGUUAGCAGUAUUACGUUAGAUGAUUAUGCUGUGGCCAAUACACCUAAGCCCAUAGUUCCACAGUGGCCCAGAGAAUUCAAUAUCAUCCCCCAAAAAAUUACGAUCGGGCCGGAAUCAAGAGUUUCUCUAAAGAUAACUUUAACAGCAAAUUUGAUACGAGCAAAUCAGACAUGCUUGGAAUUAGAACUAGACAAAUCGGAUAGUCCACCUAUAACUUUGCCUGUUACAUUUAAUGCUAUGGUGCCUACGAUUACGCCGGCAGCAGACAUCAAUCUUCGAGCUUGUUUCUUGGACUUUCCCUACAAAUGUGACAUUAUAAUAACGAGCAACGAAUGUUGGGGUUACUUCACGUUGGAAGAAUCGGAGGAGGCUUCAACUUUAGAAGUUGACGUCACUAUUAAAGAGGGUAUGAUUAAACCUAACACGUCGCUAUGUUUACCAGUAACAAUAAAAACAAAUGUUUUGGGCGUUCAAGAAUAUUCUAUAUGCGUUAAAUUAUUUGGAUUAUCAUCACCAGUUCAAAUUUGUCAUAUAAAUGGAUGUGGAGUGCGACCUAUAGUUACUUGCACACCGAUAGCACUUCAUUGGGGUCAAGUAAAACUAUUAACAAAAACCCAGAAAAUCCUGACGCUUUGCAAUGAUUCACCAGUUUUUGUUAACUUUAGGGCGUCGCUGUUAAAUCGUGAUAACAGGUGGCAAAUCCACCCAACAGAAGGCUUCAUAGAACCAGAAUCAGAAACUGAUUUAUUACUGAGCUUGUAUCUCAUUGAUGCUGAUAGUUAUACAAAUAAAGCUGUAAUUCAAUUGGAGAGAGUCAAGGAUAUUUUGGUUCCUCUUUCCGCAACGGGUAUAGGAACGAGUAUUUUGGUUGGCGAACUAAGAGACAGAGUAAUGCUCGGACGUCAUUUUACUAAAAUCCCCUUAAACUGUCAAGUGGUCAUGGAAAAUUGUGGUACACGGAUGCAUGCUUUAGAGUGGAGCGAGCAUUACAAGGCACCAAAAACGAAACAACAUUCCGCUGGAUUUUUCAAUUUGGAUCCAAAAGUUUUCAAAAUGGCCGCUGGAGAAAAGUUAGAGUUGACGAUAACGGGUUUAUCGCAUAAAGUUACUACCGUUAAAGAAAUGUGGUACUUAGUGGGAAGUGUGGAGGGUAUAAAUAAAAAAGAGUUACUUCUUGAAUGCCAAAUUGUAGCCGAAUUCGUGGAUCCGAGGAUAGAAAUCUCGUCGAAUUUAAUUGAAUUUCAGUAUGAUUACGGACCUUAUAGUGAAUUUUAUAAAUUAACAGAUAUCGUCACGAUAAAGAAUGUAUCUAAACUACCUUUAGACUUUGAUAUAAGUGUUAAACCACCUUUCGCAAUUAUUCAAAAACAAACGACAUAUAAAAUACUGCCUCAGGAAGAAGAUCUGUGUGGAUGUAUAUGUUAUAAUGAGUCGGAUUUAAAUCUUCUCAACAUGAGCGAUAAUGACCCUCAGCAUUCGAAAACAUUCAUUGAUUUUUUGACACUUAAACCAGUAGAUCCAUUAAGGAAUGAACCACUUCAUUUUUUUCAAGAUAUUAAUAAAAUCAAACUUGCAUUUAACCUGACACAUGCGAUUGAAGAGAGAUUAGAGGAUCAAGAACCAGAAAUAUCUAAACAUGAGUUUAGUAAAGUCAGUGUCUAUAAAGUUUCGACAAACGAAACAGAACCAAGUGGUGCGGAAUUGCAUGAAAUAUUAGCAUGUCGUACUCCUGUUGGAUCUGCGGCGGAUAAUAUAGAACAAGAAAAUAUUACAAAAGAUGUCCCAGUGAUCAAUAAUGUUAAUGAACCCGUUGAAAUCUCUUUAAUAGAUGAUGCUAUUGAAGACGUCUAUUUUAAAAAGUAUAGUACAAUGAAAACGAUCACUCCGAUGAUAGAUAUAGAUUAUGAAUCUGAAUUUGAAUGGACGUACAAAUUUUCUAAAAAAGAAAGACCUAGCAACAUAUGCAUUAAUGAUGUUUUGCAACUUACCCCACACCGAGGCCUACUUAAACCAAAUGAAAUACAGUUUGUGCACGUAAUAUUUAGACCAAAAGUUAAUAUGAAUAUACGUGCUACAUUGGAGUGUGAGGUCCUCGGUGGGCCCCCGGAAGUUAUAUUAGUGACCGGCCAAAGUUCGGAUUUAAUAUAUAAAAUUAAUACUCAAAAAAUUAAUUUCAAAAUAAGAUCUUUCCAUGAAAAUGCAUUUGAACAGUUGACAUUAUCAAAUGUAGCGCAGUUGCCGUUUGAAUACAAAACAUAUCUUAAUGAACCAAAAUUUGAAAAUGACUUAUAUGGGACAAUACUUAAAGUUAUACCAGAUGGUAAAGUACUAGAGCCAGAAGAACAGAUUAACGUUAAUAUCGAAGUUAGACCUGGAGCGAUGGGUUAUUUUAGCAGUAGGUUUCUGUUAGAAGUGGGUCAUCUACCAUUUAUAUCGAUUGAUGUUUUUGGAUGGGGUGUAAUGCCGCAAGUGUACAUAUCAUUACCUCGGCCGGAAAUAGCUAAGCUUAAUCCAGAAUUUGGCUACCAUGCAAUCCCUACAUUGACGGAAGAAUAUUUGGAGGCAAUUAAUGAAAUAUUUACGUAUCGUCAUCCCGAUCACUUAAAUUCGCCCCUUACUGACAAGUGUUUUGAAGAUCCUAUGUUUCAUAAGGACUGGCACAUAUGUUCUUCUUGGGACGUUUAUCCUUCUACUAUGGAUAUUGAACUUGCGAUUGAAAGAAUGCUAGUAAUCAAUUAUAUACGUUUUCGUCCCGAUAUUUUGAGUGUAUAUACAACCACUACAAAAAUGAUACCAAUACCUGGAUUUCUAACGACACCAUACGUUAUUGAUUACGGAGUUGUUAUAACUGGAAGUUCGGUCCAUUGUUGUAUAGAUGUGAUUAAUUAUGGGCCGAUUGUUAUUAAACUACAUUUAGCUAAGGGGACGCAUAUUCCACCGUGGCUCAGUUUAAAGUUAUGCGGUAAGCUAAAUCCGGGUGAAACUGGAAAAUUAGAAGCCACAUUUUCACCAACUUCCAAUGAUUUUACGGAAUUAGAGGAAAAUGUUGAAACUUAUUUUAAUAUCGACGUACCAUAUGGAGUGACUAUUCCAGUAAUAAUUAGAGCAUUAUGUGCGGUACCCUAUUUAAUGUCUAAUGUGAGGACAAUUGAUUUCGGCACAGUUAGAUGCGGCGAUAAAGUUAUAUACUCAAUUCCCCUAAAAAACAUUGGAAGACCUACAUGCAUAUGGUUUGUUGCUUUGAAAUCUAAAACACCAGGACCAAACCCAAUGACCGUACUUGAUACUUCUGGAAAGUACGAACCCGGCGAAGGUGGAUGGUUAAGUAUAGCUUUUAAACCUGUUGUUGAGUUGCCCUACGAAGGACUCCUAAUUUUCAAAUUUCACAUGAACCCCAAUAGAAUGACGAUUCCAGUAGUAGGACACGGUACUUUACCCCAAGUUCACAUCAUUGGGCCGAAUGUUACUUUUCAGCCUACUCUACCUUGGGCGGAGACAACAGACAUUUAUUUCGGAUUAACUAACCCAUGUCCUUUCCCUAUAGAGCUUAUUAUUGCACACAGUGACCAGCAUUGGAAGGAAGAAGACGAAAUAUACCAGUUACUAUAUAAAUAUUACAAUAAACCAGAUGAGAUGUUAGUGACGGCUAUCAAACCAGGCGCUGGAAUGCCACGUGAAAUUUUAAAUUUUUACAUUGGGUUUAAAGAGCGGGUUAAAAAAUCUUUGGAGGAAGAAGUGCAAAUGUCGAAAGCAUCAUCAGUAAAACCACUAGCUUCUGCCAAAAAAGCUAAAUCUAUUAAAGUACCAACAUCGAAAUCCGGAACAGCAAGAGAUUUGAGCCCAAAAAAAAUUCGCACUGAAGCUGAAAUUAUAAAUGAUUUAAUGACUUCAAUGAAGGCAUCUAAUAUAGACCCUCUGAAGGAAUGUAUUGCUGCUCGCGAAAAUACAUCUACAGCCGAUGUCCACAGUGACAAUCACUCUAAGGGCAUAUUGAUAUUUUUUCACGGAUCACCAUGUGAGGAAAUCCAAUGUCAAGAAAUAGCGUAUUCAACAGGAAAAGCACUGAAAAUACCAACAAUCAAUGUUGAUUUUUGUGUGGUCGAAGCCUUAUGCAUCAGCGAUUGCUCGGCAAAAACCCAUAUACUAAAUGCAAUCAAUGAAAUGUUUGAGCUAACACAUAGAAAUAAUAAAGGCGACGAUGAAAAAGAACAUGAAAGCGAAGAUGUAUUUGGAGAAACGGAUGAUGAAUUUGAUAUAAUUUGGAAAAAAAUCGAAUUCUUGGCUAAUAGCAAAAAUGUAGCGACACCGCGGUCUAAAGCAAGUGACAAAAAGAAGAAAAAAUCUUCAACUUCAUCUAUUGCUUCCCAUACAGCAUUAGGCGCUAUGGGAUCGAGUACUAUGUUCCAAAUGGACUUGACUACUGAGCUUCUUACCGAUUACUUUAAUCAACCAAAGUUUAACCUUGGAUUCAUAGUGGAUACUUUAACAAGCGUCAUCUUUAAAAGUCCUCAGACCGUUCUAACUACAGUGAUAAGGUGUAAACGUAAUAUAUGGAAUUUACACUUGGUGCUUUGUCAAUCUGAUUUCGCAAGAUGGGCGCAAAGUUACGAAGAAACUCAACGGGAACACGAAUUAAUAGACGAAAAUUUAACAAAAGUGUAUGAUGACGACGAAAUAUCUGAGAUAGUUAAAACAUUUGAAGACAUGGAAGAGGAGGAUUUCGAAGAUGCAAUUCCGGAAUUAAAAUCCCUUUAUAUAACGUACGGUUUAGAGGACAGGCGACGGAGAUUUUUUGAGAAAAAGGGAUUAUCCGGUGACUAUAUUAAGCCAGAAAGAAGCGCCCGUGAUCGGAGCAGAUCACUGUUAGUUAUUGAUAAUGAAUCAAAGAAAAAAAUGAAGAAGGAUGAUGGCAAAGCAAAAUUGACAAGUGAAUACAUUUUAAUGAAUACGAAAUACAAUGAAUAUGUAAAAAAUACUUAUGAUACAUUAAUAAAUAUUGCAAACAACUGGAUAUUGGAAGAAGGUGACGUUGGAUUUCCGUUAUACGGUUUUAAUGGACAAAUCGUUGGUUCCUCUCACAAAAAGAUGAAGAAGAAAUCAGAAAUCCAAAUUCAGACUUCAGACAUCAGCUUAUGCGAAAGGGGCUUUCCAUUGACCCUAAUAAAUUGCCCAUGCGAACCAUACAAGACAGCAUUAGUAAAUAUGUUUUUAACAUCAGAGUUAGUGAAAGAAGCUUUACGGGAAGACGUUAUAUACGAUAUUUUGAAAAGUCCAGUUAAAGUGAAGGAGUUCACGGUACUAUUACCAAAAACUUUCCCAGUGAUACAACACGAGGACCCACUGCGAUGGCAAUACUUAGACGAAGCACCGAUUAAGAAAUGUGAAUGCAAUCCUUUGACUGACUUAAAUCUCUUGGAUGAUACGACACAGGACAAUGUGCUUAAUAUUCUCUCGAAAUGGCAUUGUACGUGUGGUAAGAAGGUAACGUCUUCUCAAACAUCAACUAGCGAAAUACCAUCGAUGUCGAUUGAUAAAACUUCAGAGGACAACCCAGAAGUGUAUCCCUUGCCGCUUAAUAGUGUUAAAUGCACAACAGAACGUGAUCGUCGGAUAGUGUUGCACCCAGGCGAUCUCGUUAGAUGCAAGUACUCGUUCAGUCCGCAACUGGAAGGAAAUUAUACCGUCAAACGAUUCGUUGAAGUGAGCGGAUGGCCAGCCUCGAGGGUAGAUAUUAAUGUUUCGGGGAUAUGUGACUUGCCCAGGCUGGAUAGCCGACCGAAAAAAAUGUUUGAUAACUUUGUAAGGAGGACGGUAGAAGAUAACGUUUACAAAGUCACCUAUAUUGAUGAUCAGAAGCUGUUUGAGUUCGGUCCCAUCUUCGUUGGUGCUAAUAGAAUAUAUGAAGAACAAUAUUCGUUAGAGCUACGAAAUUCCUCUCUGAUAACUGCGGAUGUAGUAAUUGAGUUUUUAGAAGAUACGACUGUUUUUCAAAUAGAUAAAACCUUUAUUAUUUUAGACCCCGGGUGUCGAGAUAAAGUGACAGUGUCGGCCGCACCGGCAGAUUUAGGAGUUCACACCAGUGUUUUACUGUUUUGUGUGAAAGAUAAUCCUGAAAUAGUAUCCAUUAAAAUUUCUUGUAGCGGUGUUGUUCCUAUUGUUGAGAUUCUACCUUUAACUAAAGCUAUCGAAUACGGCCGUCAUUUACUGUAUCGUAAAGAAGACGAUCGAUUUAUUGUUAAGAACGAUUCUAUACUACCUGUUAUGUGGAAGAUACACAACCCUCAGGACUUUGUUGAAGAUUUUAUAAUUGCUCAGACUUCGGGCAUUGUACAGAGACAGGACAAUCAAGUUGUUCCAAUAACUUACAUUGCUUGUAGGGUGGGGGUUAUAUCGCAUAAGGCGCUCACAGUUGAUAUAUAUGAUGCCGAUGGGCGUGGAAAUCCCAUGAUCGUCGACGUGUUAUAUUUGUCUGCGGAGUGUUAUGAUGUUCAAGUGGAGUGUGCCUACGAAAACCCCAGUGAAAAUUUCCUCAACUAUGGAAAUGUCAAAGUCAAUUCUACCGUUGUUCAAGAGAUGUACCUUUUGAAUCGAGGGAAAUAUAAUAUUUUUUACAAGUUAAAAAAAGUGAAAAACUUCCCCGAGCCAUCCCUGUUAAAAUCUUUUGAGGCGAUCCCGGAACAUGGUGUAAUACCUCCCACCUUGAAAUUGGUGACCAUCGAAUUCGAAUGCACACCCAGUACAUCCAUGAAUUUAAUAAACGUACCAGCAUAUAUCUGCUCUUUACUGGAUGGUAGCAAAAAUCAAGUAGUUGUAGCCAAGUUUCCUGUUUGUGUUACCAUUGCAUCGUUUUAUAACACAUUCACUUUAUUCCCUCUGGGAGAACUAAAUUUUCAUAUUAUCCCUGUUGGCAGUGGGGUAAUGAGAGAAGUAAUAUUAAAUAACACUAGCAAGUGCCCUAUAACUUACGAGAUUAUUUUACCCGAAAAAUAUCAGUUAGACCCUGAUGCUCCACCUCCUUCAGCUAAAUUAAAAGACAAUAAAAUAAAAAACCCGCCUCUAAAAUGUGGAAACUUUGUCAUAAUGAACGAUGAUAACCUCCUUGCUCCUGGAACGAGUAGAACUCUUCAAAUACAGUUUAUGGCGACAGCGGCAAAAACAUUUGAAGAAACAAUAAAAUUUAUUAUAAGCGAUACGUGUCCCGCUGAAUCUUGCGGAGUUCCUCUUAAAUUAGUUGGCACUGGAGCAAUGCCCACAUUGGACUUUUGGAAUAUAGAAACCACGUUUAGAGAACAUUUAAUAGUGAAAAGUCUCGCUGAAUAUAAAGUGCCAGAGUCAUCACCGCAUUGUGUGUUCGUUGAAGAUUCUGUCACAUUGUAUUUCUAUUGCGUCAAUGUAAAUACAACUUACACGGCUACUAUAGAUUUGUAUAACAGCGGUUUAGUAGCGUCAGCCCUUACUAUGAAGCUUCAUUAUCAGACUAAUUCAAACGCACACAUUUUCUCUUUAGACAAGUAUGAAACACACAUUGAGCCAUUGUUGCACAAAAAUUUAGGAAUCGUUUUCAGUCCAAAAACUCUUGAAGUGCUGUGUGAAGGAGAAGCUUUCAUGGAGGAUGUUAUUUUGUUAGGUCUUGAAAUGCUCUCCAUGGACUUGGACUUAGAUGCAUUUAAAUCUGCAGAAGGCACUGUAUCCACCGUCUCAACGUUAGAUAGCCGUAAAAAGAGUAAAAGCGCGGCUGCCCCAAGAAAAUCUAAAGUAGACACUAAAAGAAGCAAAAGAAUGUCACAGGCAUCAGUUAAACAUAGCGAUACUACUAGCAGCGUGGAACACUCAUUACAAAAAUAUCUUCUUGACUUUGAAGGCUGCGAACUUUGUGCAAUUAAAAAACGAACAAUCGUAAUGUUGAAUAAUUCAGAAAAGGUUUAUAGAUUCAAAUUGGAAGAAUCAGAGUUAAUAGUUGUCAAGCCGUCGAUUGGAUACAUAUCGCCCGGCGAAGAGAAAGAUAUAGAAAUUAUUUUUUUCUCUCCAAAACCCGUUGUUUUGAAGAAAGAAUGUUUACAUGUUACGUUGAUGGGUAUUAUUGAUGAGUCAUUGACCAUGGACUUGAAAGGAACAACGUGGGAUAAUAGACAAAGUGUUACCGUAUUCGAUCAUAAUGCUAAUAUAAGUGUUAAUGAAAGAUAUCAAGCUAUAAUAGAUGAGCAAUUCCAUAUAACACCAGAAAAUGCAUUGGAUAUAAUUCAAAUGGUAAUAGUGUACUCCGCUACAACAGAGUAUACCAAAUAUACGUGUAACUUAAACGAAGAAAAAAAUAUGGAAGAUACUUUUAUAUACCAAGUUAGAGACUUUAAUUUUCAAGUUCAAAAUAUCAGUAAGGUUCCCAUGAAAAUUAUGUGGAACUUUGUCAUUGAUGAUGAAUUCCCAUCGAGGAUUGAUAAACGACUUUCUGGAACGAAAACGAUGCAAACAAUUAACGAACAAGAAAAUAGGACACUCAGAAACACGGAGUCCCGUGACGAUAAAAAUUUUGAAGCAAGCAAUGUCACUUUAUUUAGCGAAAAGUCAGAUCGAGAUAGCGUUGAUACGUGGUUCGAAGUCGACCUGCCAUUUGUGAUAGAACCAUCCAAAGCAUGUCUGAAACCUAAUGAAAGUUGUAAAUUUAAAGUAACAUUUGCGCCCCUUGAUGCAUUCUUAUAUAAAGUAAGACUGAAAAGUGUUAUAGAUAAUUUAGAUCCAUACGAUCAGAAUAUAUCAUGCAAAAUAUCAGCGAAGUCACUAAUUCCAUAUGUACACUUGGAUAUAGAGGAAAGCGAUUUUUUGUCAUCGGGAAGAAGAAAAGCCACAGUGGCUUUGCCAUCGCACGUAACUGUACUAGAAUUUAAUGUUCUCGGCUCUGGGUGCUAUAAAAAAGCCUUUAGUGUAAUUAAUCCUACAAAUGAAGGGUACGAAUUCAUAUUUGAAAUGAUUGUGGCUGAAAAGCCUGAAUUGAUUCCGAUGCACUGCAACAUGCUGAAGGGUUUUGUAGAGGGCGGAGCAUCUUCGGAAGUGGAGUUUACGUUUUCCCCGACCGCACCAGGGAUAUACGAGUCGCAAUGGAAGUUCAUUAUCCCGGUCCAUUCGAUAGUAAUGAAUUUGCUUGUGGUUGGCAUAGUACGAGAGCCAGACGUAUCAUUCGUGCCCACAAUACUUUUGAUUCGCAAUUCCCUGGUCGGCUUCACAACGGAGAAUAUAGUCGUUUUAAAAAAUAAUGAGCGUGAACCGCUAAACUUCGAGUUUAAGGGAAACUCGCUGUGCAACGAAUCUGGGAAGACACCGGUUAUAGUGGAGCCUGAGAAGGGAUACUUGAAGCCGCUAUCAGAAACGGAAAUAAAAAUUAUUUACACACCUAUACAAGACGGUCCGCUGUCAUUCAAGAUUUUCUGCAGCGUACAAUAUUUGAUUAAAGUUCUAACUCUAUGUGUGAACGCCCUGAGUCACUCUAUAAAACCAAAAAUAACUUAUUAUUUAAUUGGUAAUGAGCACGUACUCAACGCUGACGCCCUGACGAAUAUCCAUCUUGAUCAGACGGCUUCAACGUAUCAAAGGACAAUACCGUUUACGAUAAAAAACGAUGGCUCAUCGACAUUUUAUUUUGAAUGGGAAUACAGCUGUAGUGCUGUGAAAAAAUAUUUGCAAGUUAGCGUGGAGCCCAACAAUGGACACGUUAGGCCCGCUGGAGAAGUUGUGUGCACCGUCUAUUUUACAUUGAAGCAAGUUCCUGUUCAGUCAUUUCCUAUGACCCUAUCGAUUUCUGAUGGGCCAGAGUAUAAUAUUUACCUUCACGCCGAUAUAGCCAAACCCGUAUACCACUUUUCAUGCAUGGAGUAUGAUUUUGGAAAAUGUAUCGUCAACGCUCCGGAUGCUACAUACAAAAAGAAUAUAGCUUUUGAAAACGAAGACAAAGCCGCUACAACCCUGGAUUUAAAUUUUUCAAAUAUACCGGAGUUAUUUGUUCACUACCGAGAUGAAACACUGAUAGAGCCAGGUCGACGUUUGAAGAUAUCGAUUUAUUUUCGACCAAAGCAGGUUAAAGAAUAUGAAUUCAAAUUGCAUUUUUGGGUUAAUUCUUUAUGUGAAGAAAUCAUCACCAUAAAAGGAGAAGGAGUGCCUUUGCUAUUCGACCUGUAUGAAGGUUGUCAAAAAAGUUUUGACCUGGGACCAGUCAAAGUAGGUCAUAAAAUCACGCGUCAAAUUGAGGUGAUGAAUCAUAGCAAAGUUCCAAUCGAGGCUAGCUUCAUAUUCAGAGAUACUUACGGUAUUGUCGACGACGGCACCAAAUCAGAGGGCACUAGUGUAUGCUUAAGUCCUAGCGCCAUCGUACCUUCCCCCGGUGAGGGUGAACCUUCGAGAGGGCGAAUGUUACAAUUGUACAAAGACAACAAAAUAAAUGAGCAAAUAGAAAUGGAUGUACAAAAUGCGUUAAGUUCUUUAAAAAUAAUACCCAAUAAAUGCACAAUAAAACCGUAUAGAAAAGUGCCCCUAAAAAUUCAAUUUAAACCAGUCGGUAUGAUAAGUGACCUCAAUGUGCAGUUGAACAUGAAAGUUUUUCAUUUCGAGAGGCCACUAGUCCGAUUAAGCGGCAGUGCGACCGGCAUGAGUUUUUGCUUCAGCCAGAAUUCGUUGCAAUUUGGUCGUGUGAGGAAGCGGGGUUGCAAGAUUCUUAAAGUAAUGUUGCAAAAUAAGGGUGACUUUGGUGCUAAAUUCUGGUGGCAGCCCCUUAAAUCCGACGAAUUCAAAAUAUCGCCGAUGCAAGGAAAUAUAGCUGCACGAACAAAUGUGACUUUCACCAUAACAUUUAGACCCGUGGAGCACAAUCCAUUUAUUAAAGUUUGGGCUAGUUGUAACAUUGAAAACUAUCCACCUUUGGAAUUAGCUCUCUACGCAACGUGUGUUGAUAUUGGAAAUAUUCAAAACAAGACCCUGUACUUAGAAUGUCCCGUGAGGGAAAUUCAUACUGAAUAUAUUAUUGUUACAAAUCCUUCGGAUGACAUGUGGCUAGUGCUCUCGGAAGUGUCAGGUGGACCGUUCGAGACGCUCAAAGAAUUCCAUGUUGAACCCAACUCAACUUUUGAAAUACCUGUUUAUUUCAAACCCAAAUCUAUAGGCAAACAUGAGGCUCAGGUGUUAUUUUCGCCAUUGGGAGAGAGUGCGCUAUUCGUUACGUUAAUUGGUGCAGCGACACAUCCUAAUCCUAACGGAACGAUCAAUAUAACAGUCGAUGCGAAGGACUAUCAUAUGGAAGAAUUAUUUGUUUAUAAUAUCACUGAGUUCCCAGAGUCGUAUUCGGUAUCAACAGAAAUAGUUAAAAUAAUACCAGACAAAUUUGAAGGGUAUUAUGAAAUCAAGCAUCCUGACACCAUUAAGGUUUGGGGAGAAGCUGCUGCAACGUGUCGGUGGACGAUAGUCUGUUACGAGGAGUGUGAAUUACAAGCUAAGGUGCUUUUCGUGAACGAGGAAACGCGCGAAUAUCAGUACUACAACAUCAUAGUCACUGUUAGUACGAGCAAGAUAGUCGACACUUUGACGUUUACCUCGCGUGCACGCGAAUCGGUUCAAAAGGAGAUUACUAUUAAGAAUCCACUCUCAUCCGACGCGGAAUUCUUGAUACAAUCUGAAAAGCUUCAUUGCUCUGACAAGCUUGUGGUAAACGGGAAUUCGGAGGCUGUGCUAGUAAUGACGUAUGCCCCUCUUGUUGUCGGUGAAUCUGAGGACUUCUUAGAAGUCAGUAACAAUUUGAUUGGAUCCUACGUUUAUGGCGUGGUGUUGAAAUGUCUCCCGGCCAAAGAGAAAUAUUUGGAAUUCACAACUCCUAUAGGAACAUCAGUGCCCUUACGUCUCAGAGUACACAAUAAAACUGAGGGUAGAACGGAAUUUAUUGCAACGGCGUCACAUUCCUCAAUACAACUCGAAAGAGAAUAUGUGUUAGGCCCAUCGGAGAAAGGGAAAUUCCUAGCUUGGUUUGAGCCGACUGAGCUUGGAGAGCAACAUUGCAGAGUGUCCUUUCUUUCGGCCGUAGCGGGCGAAUUUGUAUUUAACAUAAAAGGAGUUGCCUUAGCACCGAAACCACAAGGCCCUUAUGAAGUAAAGGCGGGGGGAUUUGCAACGAUUACCUUUAAAAAUAUCUUUGAAGAAACGCGAAUGUUCAAAAUUAAUGUUGACAGAGAAGACUUUUAUGUUAAGACUUUAUAUGAACCCAUCAAGUCUAAAAAGGAUAUUAAAAUUCCCGUCUACCUCAAUGAGAAUCUGACACUGAGUCAAAUGUCAAAAGAUGGCCCCACGGGGUGCCUCACUAUAGAGACUUACGAACCGGCCGAACCCAAAGUACAAUGGACGUACUUCCUACACGGAGCCUUGUGA